AUGUAUGCAGAACAUUCACAAGGGCCACCUGUCAAACGACGGAGGUUCUUUCACGACCAGGAUGAAGCCCCAACCGCAUCUACGACACAAGAGGACCACUCAGCAGAACACGAAGAGAUCGUGAAGUUAGAGGACGAUAUCAAGACCGAAUCCGAAUCUAAAAAUGGCCUUUUCGAGAGGUCGCACAAUGAAACCGCCGAGCGGUCCGUGGGCACCGAGCAGUCUCCAACAGCACAGGAGUCCUCGUUGGGGGCUUUCGACCAAGGCACAUUCGAGAGCUUCGUUGGUGCCAAGGUCGGCGCCGAUGUCAUGGCCAUACUACGAGACAAGUGCGGAAGUAACCUCGAGUGCGCCGUCAAUAUGUACUUUGACAGAACAUACCAGAAGCUCUCCAAGAAGGCACCCCGUUCCUUUGCGCACUCAUACGCGACGACAAAAAGCACGCCGACGCCACCGACUCCUCCCUCAAGAAGCACCACGUCGUUGAGGUACAUUGGCGCCUUUGGAGCCGAGGGCUGGGCAACCCGCAGCGGUGCCAACUUUCUCAAGCAUGGCGACAUCGUCAGGAUCGAACGGCAAAAGGUCCAGCCCCCACAGAACAGUAGAGGCAAAGGAGGCAAGCUUGGAGGGGCACCCGCGCCCAACUCGGCGGCUGCGCGACGUGUGGAUGUUCUCGUGCGUUUCACCACACAGAGCGGCGUAGAAAUUGGCCGGUUGGCCAAAGACACGGCGAACUGGGUGUCGACGUUGAUGGAUCAGAAAAUUUGCAAGUUCGAGGGCACCUGCGUGUACGCACCCGACCGCUUGCGUACCAACGACACUGUGUUUCUCCAGCUGCGGUGCUUUUUGCUGGGCUCGGCCUUUCUCCACCGCAGGUUCCAGCUGGCAGAUAACCGGUCCACGAACCCGUUUGAACAGAAUGAGACGGCGGACGAGAAGGAGCUGCGUCUUCGCCAGACGGCCAUCGUCAGGCUCCUCCAGGAAAUUAACCUUCAGCCGACCGCUAUCAAUUCCAUGGCCAAAGAUGGAAAAGAGGGUCUUCUCAAGGUGGCUGAGAUGGACGAGCAGAAACAAAGGGGCCCGAAGAGACAGGACAAUAUGGGAAAGGAUGCAGGAUCGGGACAAGCCUCGGAUGAGGCGGAGGAAGGCAAAGAGCUGGAGCAAGAUCAGCUCGACUCGCUCUACCGAAAAGCCCAGUCCUUUGAUUUCAACACACCAGAGGCAGAGCCCACUGAUACAUUCGCUAUGCAACUACGACCGUACCAGAAGCAAUCACUCUAUUGGAUGAUAGCCAAGGAAAAGGAUCAGAGGGGUAGUAGGGAGCCAUCCAUGCACCCGCUGUGGGAGGAGUAUGCAUUCCCCACCAAAGACGUUGACGACAAGGACCUGCCUCUUGUAGAGAGUCAGGCCAAGUUCUACGUGAACCCGUACUCGGGCGACCUGUCGCUCGACUUUCCCGAACAAGAACAGCAUUGUCUGGGUGGCAUCCUGGCAGAUGAGAUGGGACUGGGCAAGACGAUCCAGAUUCUCAGCCUGAUACACUCCCACCGGACCGACCUUGCCCGCCAGUCUAGGCAGCCUGCAGGAGACUUGUCUGGCGGCAUAAACGGGCUUCAGAGGCUGGGGUCGGGGUCGCCUCCGAUCCAGGAUGCCCCAUUCACGACACUUGUCAUUGCACCCAUGUCGCUCCUGUCGCAGUGGAGGAGCGAGGCAGAGAAGGCCUCUCAGAAGGGGACGCUCAAGGUAGAGCUGUACUAUGGCAACGAAAAGAGCAGCAAUCUGCAGGCGCUGUGCUCGAGUUCGAAUGCCGCGUCCGCCCCAGACAUCGUCAUCACCAGCUACGGCAUUGUGCUCUCAGAAUUUAGCACCCUCGCGGCGAGGAACGGAGACAAGUCUCUCCACAAUGGCAUCUUCUCCCUCAAAUUCUUCCGCGUCGUACUCGACGAGGCCCACAACAUCAAGAACCGAUCGUCCAAGACGGCGAGGGCAUGCUACGAGAUCUCGGCAGAGCACCGCUGGGCACUGACUGGCACGCCCAUCGUCAACCGGCUGGAAGACCUGUUCAGCCUGGUGCGGUUUCUAGGCGUGGAGCCGUGGAAUAACUUUUCUUUUUGGAGGACCUUUAUCACGGUGCCGUUCGAGUCCGGCGACUUCGUCAGGGCGCUGGAUGUGGUGCAGACGGUACUGGAGCCGCUGGUGAUGCGCCGCACCAAGGAUAUGAGGACACCGGACGGGGAGCCGCUCGUGCCGCUGCCGCCCAAGAAGGUAGAGAUUGUCGAGGUGGAGCUGUCACAGACGGAGCGCGACGUCUACGACUACAUCUACACCAAGGCGAAAAAUACCUUCUCCAAGAACAUGGAGACGGGCACGGUCAUGAAGGCCUUCACGACCAUCUUCGCGCAGAUCCUGCGGCUCCGUCAGUCGUGCUGCCACCCGCUGCUGGUGCGCAACCGCGAGGUGGUGGCGGACGAGGAGGAGGCUGCGGCUGCGGCCGAUGCAUCCACAGGCUUCUCGGACGAUAUGGACCUCGACGUCCUCCUGAGCCGCUUCAGCAGCGCGGUCGACGAGGCCUCCAAGGACAAUCAGACUUUUGGGGCGCAGGUUCUCGGGGAGAUCCGCAACGAGUCGGACAAGGAGUGUCCCCUGUGCUUCGAGGAGCCCAUGAACGACCAGACGGUGACGGGGUGCUGGCACUCGGCUUGCAAGACGUGCCUGCAGUCGUUCAUGAAGCACGAGAGCGACCGUGGCGUGGUGCCCAAGUGCUUCAACUGCCGCGCGCCUCUCAACCGGCGCGACUUGUUCAAGGUAGUCCGCCACGACGAGGAGGUCGACGCCGUGACCAAGAAGCCGCGCAUCAGCCUACAGCGCCUGGGGGCCAGCACGUCGUCGGCCAAGGUGGAGGCCCUGAUCGGGCACCUGCGCGCCUUGCGCAAGGAGCACCCGCUCAUCAAGUCGGUCGUCUUCUCACAGUUCACAUCGUUCCUGAACCUCAUCGAGCCGGUCCUGACCCGCGCGAAUAUCAGGUUCCUUCGUCUGGACGGCACCAUGGCGCAGAAGGCCAGGGCCGCCGUCCUGCAGGAAUUUGCCGAUUCCCCUGUCUUCACCGUCCUGCUCAUCAGUCUCAGGGCAGGUGGCGUGGGUCUCAACCUUACCAGCGCCGGGAGGGUCUUCAUGAUGGACCCAUGGUGGAGCUUCGCCGUCGAGGCGCAGGCUAUUGACCGCGUUCACAGGAUGGGACAACAGCACGAGGUACAGGUCAAGAGGUUCGUCGUCAAGGAGAGCGUCGAGGAGAGGAUGCUGCGGAUCCAAGAUAGGAAGAAAUUUAUGUGA